CACCUCUCCCCCAGUGUUCCCGACACACGGGCAUUGUCCAAACUGGCACUCGGGAAAGAGAGCCGUUCACCUGCUGGCCCUCUGUCCAGACAGCCCGGAAGACGUCCUGGAGUGGAGCCCAAGGGAGCUUCUCGGGAGGAGGACCAGGCAAGCGGUUUGCGGAUGCAGGAGUGAGGAUGUUUAAGAUAAGUGCGGCCGUCUUGGCCCCUCUUUGGAGACACUCUGAAAGGAAGGGAAAAGGCCUUCAGACUUUGCACAGGUCCCUGGUCUGCUCCACACGCCCUGUUCUCUUUCUCUUUCUCUCUCACCGUGGAAUCCAUGUAACCCCAGAAAGGAUGUUGGCUGAGAGAAAGAGACACGGAUGCAAUGGCUGGACUCGGUGGCAGUAGCCAAAUUCUUGGGCUGUUGCCACGAGCCUCCUGCUGUCCCGUGUGGGGGAGGACACACCGAGCCCCUGCCGCACUGUCUCCACCUUGGGCCCGUCAGCAAAGACAACCAGCUUCAAAGUUCAUGACGCUCUGGCCUUGUCACUCUGAGCUGAGCAAACACAGAAAGCUCUGAGAGGAAAACAGUGGCUUCUGAAUCGCCGGUUUGCUCCCGACGUGUGACAAAUAAGAAGAGAUUUUCAGCGGCUGGAGGGAGCGCAUCAAGGCUGAGCAGAGAGCUUUGCCACGGGUGCAGACUGGGGCGUGCGUGGUCGGGCUGUGGUUCCAGCCACAGAGAGAGCAGGCAGUUGCCUGACGUUGGGGGCCGAGCCGAGCUCUCUUCGCUGCCGGGGGGCUGCCCCCCCAGCUGGGCCUUCUUGUCUGGACUGCCUUGGUUCAGGCCCUCCAAAACCCAGUGGGAGAAGGAGGCCCUGGGGCCGGGAGGCCAGCAGAGGCCAUGGUUCCCCCACAGGAGGAUGGCCGGGGAGAGGGCAUCUGCCCCAUCUGCCAGGAGCUCCUGAAGGACGCUGUGAGCACCGAGUGCAGACACCACUUCUGUCGAGGGUGCCUGGCUCGGCACGUGGUGAAGGCCUCAGCCUCCGGAGCCCUCCGCUGUCCCCUGUGCCGGAAGCCCUGUUCCGAGGGGGUGCUGGGGGCGGGCUACCUCUGCUCCAGCCACCAGAAGAAAGUGUGCUAUUUCUGUGAGGAGAGCAGACUUCUUCUGUGCGGGGAGUGCCUGGUGUCGCCUGAGCACCAGGGGCACCAUGAGCUGGCCAUUGAAGAUGCACUCAGCCACUACAAGGAACGGCUCAGCCGCAGGAGGAGGAGACUCCGAAGAGACCUGAGGGCGCUCUGCCGGCUCAGAGCGCAGGAAGAGGAGAAGCUGUGGGCAGUGCAGGCCCAGGUAGGCUGUGGGACCUGCAGGCUGGAGGCUGAGCUGGAGAGCCAGCCACAGAGCAGGAGGGAGCAGGAUGCCCCCCUCAAGCAGUGGCCAGACCUGCUGGAGGACACGCCGGCCCCGGGUGCCAGAAUCCUGGACGUGUCGCGGGCCACAGCGCAGCUCCGCAGCCUGGUCGCCGCUCUGGACAAGACCACCAAGGGACUGGGCAUGGACACGCUGAAGGAGGCCAGAGACUUACUGGACAGGAGCACACCACAGAAAUUAGAGGCUGUGUACCCCCAGCUGGAGAAAAGAAUCCAGCCGUGCCUUCUGCCAUCCUCAGCGGCUCCAACCUGCCCAUUCCCGGGCCACCUUGCCUCAGACUCGCCUUCACCUCCUGGCUCUCCCUCUCCCAGCCCAUCCAGCCCCCCACGAGGUCAGCCCAGGAUGUCCUCACCACCCCCAUCUCCCGAACAUGAGCCCCUGAGCUCAUCCCCGCAGCUGGGACCCGAUGCCUGAGCGUCUGACCCAGGCACGGGGGUCAUGG